UGAGGACCUCGGUAGAACCGUUGCUCCUUCACAUUGAGAAGAGCCAGUUGAGAUGGCUCAGGCAACUAGUCCUGAUGCCUCCUGCACCUCCUCGCUGAUUCCGACCGCAGGAAAAACCCAAUUUGACUUGCAUGUCUGUUCUCACCAGAUUCUAUGGCCACCAUGUCGAAAACGCACGUGUUUGUCCUCCUCCCCACCGAGAAAAUAGCAAUGACAAGUUCAGUGUGGCAUUCCGGCCCCCUGGUCACCUGACCACCACAGGGUCCUCGCUCUCCCUCGUACUUCUUCAGCCUGUGGCAGCAAAGAUGCUAAAACAAACUGAGGGGACGUCCAGGAUGAAGAAAGAUGGGGGCGGUGCCACCAGUGUGUGUGUGUGUGUCUGUGUGUUGGGGGAUCUCAGGCUGUGAUCUGACAUCCUGCGAUCCAGGAGGCUCGUCCCACUCCUCGACAGUCGAGGGAGCGUGGGGGUGGAGUUUCAGCCAGGUCGGCUGGGGGAGGGGGGUCAUGGCCUCCCCAGCAUCCACCUCGUUGCACCGCUAUGAUUAGCGUGUUAAUUGGAGCUGGUCUUCAUCAAACUCGUGUUGAGGGGUUGGUCUCCAAGCGCUGAGCGCUGCCUCGCUGGCCCCUCAGUGAGGCGGGUUCAUGGCACCGUGACCUCGCUGCUGCUUCUGCUUCUGCUGCAGGAGCAGCUGCUCCAGCGCAGAUGGGCCGGGCUGCAUCAUGGAGCUGGACCAGAUGGACUACACGGACAAGCAAACCUUAGCACACGACCAGCACACGCAAACCCUCAAUAGAAAACUUUAGGCACCUUGAAGCUGUCCAGCAGCACUGUGGAGGACGACUCUUCCAUUGGAGACUCCUGAUUGGUCCAGGAGCUGCCAGGGGACGGGACUUGGUGCCAGCCUGUGUCCGAAGAGGAGGAAGCUGGCAGGUAGUCCAGACCGAAGCCGCUCAUGCCCCCUGACAAACACACACAAGCGUCAGUCGGCAUGUGGAGGCGGAGUCUCCAACAGCGAGGUCAAGGCCCCGCCCUCACCUGUCUUUUCAGCCUUCCAGCGGUCCACUGUGCGCCGCUCUCGGCUGUCUGGUGUACCGAUGGGACCGAAGUUGGAAAACGGUGUGGCUGCGUGGUUGUGGUUGGGUGGGGAGCUCGGCAAACUGCUGGGGUUGGAUGAGUGAGGUGACUGGCUGGCCGGCGUGGAGUGAUCUGCCAAUUCCAACAUAACUUCUGUCACAUCAUCGUGAUCCAAACCCACAACAAGAGGGCGUGUGUGUUCUGCUUGUCCAAUGUACCUGAAUUGGCGUGGAGGGAUGGGGACCAGGGUGUCCACUCGAAGAGCGAGUAGAGUGACGGCUCCUGGUGCAUCAUGGGAGUGUCAGACUUGGAGCCGGCAGCUAAGUUCUUCCCGUAGGCUUGACUGAAGAUGCUGUUCUGGUUGUAUUCCUGAACACACGCAUGUUGUCUUUGUUUGUCUUUUGUUUUACUGGAAAUAUGUUCUUGUCAUAAAGGAGCUCAUGUGACCAAACAUCACUGCCAUGUACAGACUGCCCUCUGGUGGUCAUACAGAGGAAUGUCGUGUUUGCCACAAUUCCAAUUAACUAGCUGACUUUGAGCUGAGCAGAAGAAGAGAGGACGUUAAAGGUUAUGGCUAACCUGCAAGGGGAGGCCAGACAUGGGUAGCAGGGAAGACGAAUGGCUGACCACCUCUGGGCCGCUCUCCGUCCUGGUCUGGUUAGGUAGCUGCAGAGGAGAAAGACAUUAUGGGAUGAAGCUAUAAUGGUGUCAUCAGUGGCAUGGAGGGUGAGCAGCAGAGGUCAGGAUGAGGAGACAGGACUACAUACAAAGAUAUUUGGUCCAGGAAGUGUGCUAAGAGGGCCAGCCAAAGCCUGGAAGAAAUCAGGAGGCUUAGAAAAGAUGAGCUCCUCCUCUUCCUCAAAAUCAGCAAGCGUUUUUAAGAGGUCAGGAGGUAGAAGAGGUGAGCUCUUGUCCUGGUGAAAGAGGAAGGAGGAGGAGCAGGGAGAGGAAAAAUAGAAGCAAAGGAAAGAAAAGAAGAUUGAUGUACUGAUGUGUCCGAGUGGAGCGUCUUGCCACAUCACAAAAGAUCUUUGGUCUGGUUGGUGGACAGACCCUCCAGGAGAGGCUGAAGUGAGGAAGCAAAGACAGGGAAAUCCAGAGCAUCAUCUCACCUCAAAUGGAGGUCCUCUGGGCCCACCGGCAUCUUGUUCUGGACACGCAAUCUGAGGCCUCUUCAUCCUGUCGACCAUGGCAGCUGGCCCGUCGCCCACUCGGAAGGAAGGCCCCCAGUAGGGCGGGAACUUCAUCUUCUUGUCCAUGUUGGCUGUAUGCGGCGGCAACUGGUGGUCGUACACUUUGACGGGGUCUUGGGGUGCCAAGUAGAAUGCCUGCUGCUUCAAUGACAUCGGCAUGGCUGGGAUCUUCUGCAGCGCCGCUUGAUUUUGACUCCACAUCUGCUGAUCCUGGAGCUGUAGGAACGACUGAGACACAUGCACACAAUAACAGACUCUUAACAUCUGGCGAAGUACACCUGUGCCAGUCAUGGGACUCAAACACGAGGGCACAACUGACCUGCUGCAGGCCCGAGUGGUGGGGUGGACUCUUGCCCAUCCCGACCUGCUGAACGGGUUUGGUGGGAGACUGCUGCUGACUCACCACCUGCACCUGCAGCUGGGAUGGGGGCUGCUGACCUUGGAGGGGGCCUGGGGUUACAGGGCCCUGGCCUGAGGAGCCUGGCCCCUGAGCCGGACCUGAGGGCCUCUGCUGACUGUAAGGGAUAUGGGAUUGCUUCCCACUCUGAACCUGGGAUCCCGCCUGUGUGUGCACAGCAGUCUGUAGGAAAGGUCCAGGCACGGACACCCCUGUAGAGAAGGUGAAGCCCGGAUUCACUUGCAAGCCUGGGAACGCCACCGGGGGAGGGAUGACAAAGGCAGAGGCAGGGAAGCCUGGAAAGCACACUAGUGUUCAGAACUUGUGUAUGUGUGUGUGUGUGUGUACGUGUGUGUGCGCCUGUACCAGGUCGACUAGGCAGAGGUGGAAAGGCUCCAGGAUGAUGGAUUGGAAUGAACUGGGAAGAGCAGGUGCCUUGAGUUGGAGUAGCGGGGGCCUUCUUGGCCUCAGAGACCGGAGUCUUCCGAAGUUCUGUCUGAGCUUUCACCUGAAGAAGAAACAUCCUUCCAAUUCAAUCUAAUCUGUACAAGUUCUACUGGGGGAUAUUCCAUAUUUCUACCUGUUUUCCAGCAUCUGCAACUUUCUCCUGGCAGACUUUCUUCAGUUCGCACUUCCUCUUUCCAUCUCUCUUCAGCUCACUUUUCCCAGAAGUCCCGUUGCCUUUGGCAAAGUCACGGCGCUCCUUACCACUAUCUUUCUGAUGAGGGAUGCGAGCUGGCUCGCGGUUCUGCUCCCGUGGUUUGAUGUUUUCCUUGAAGGUGACGACAGGUCUUUCACCACCAUCCAACCACGAGUUCUGAGCCUUUCCCGCUGAGAGCACGGACUUGAGGCCGGUGUUACCACCCUCGCCGAUAACCUGCUCGCCAUUGGAGGCCUCCUGCAGCACAAACGGCUCCUUCUCUGCAGGCUCCUCAAUGGCCUGCUCGGGAAUGUCAGUGAUGAAGAAGAGGAGGCCGUCAUCGCCAACGCGGCACCGUAUGAGUCUGCAGGAGGGGAGGAGCUUAGUGGUCUCUCUGUCCAGUUAAGGACGAUAAGGUCCCAAGGUUCAAGCGAGGCUUACCCCGGCUGGUUGUCAGCUACCCACUUUCCCAAAGUGAUGAGUCUCUGAUGUCUGGUGCGGAGGAGCAGAACAUUGCGGUCCACCGGGACACCCUGGUGACCUUUGGUGAAGUCCAGAGACCUGAAAGAAUGUCACACACAGGGCUGGGAAUCUUAGGCUAUGUCACAAUAGAAUAUGAUGGGACAUAAGAGAAGUGAUUGUGAUAGUUUGAUAAGUCGAUAUUUAAUCACAGUCACAUCACAAAAGAAGCAGGCAAGAAAAAAAAACAAAACAAAAGAAGCAGGCUGAUUGUGUGCCAGCACGGUCGGUACCUGAGAGCAGGUCGGAGGGCCAGGAAGCCUUGAAGCUCAAACUCUUCCGGCAGUGGUGUCACUGAGGAGAAGAACAAGAUUCCAGAACUGCACUACUCCUGUACCUGAGGAGUUGGACACAUGGUGGUCUUUGGGCUGGAAGCUGUUGAGGAUAGAGACCAGCCACGGCCAGACACUGACAGACAAAAAGAGAUGAGAUGUCAAAAGAAGUUCUCGUGAGGAUGUGGCGACCUUAUGAGCACCAUCUUACUGCUGCCUCUCGCCCACAGCGGCCUCAUGGAACAUGCCGGGUCUCAGCCUGAGCCAGUCCAAAGAAAUUUUGAUGGCCGGCAGAGGACACUCUCCAGCCACCUCCUCAUCGCAGUUCUUGUUGAGCAAAACCCGCCUGCACAUGAUCCCCAGCAAGGACACUGAGGAGACAGAAUGUCAGCCGCCAGCUCUCUGAGGUGGUGCAGCUCAAAAAGGUUGAUGACGGUCAUGUGGACCAGCUGCUGAGAGCUGAAGGCCUUCUGGAGGAUCAGUCUCUGCACACAGGACUUUUCAAGGUCACACAGAAACUGAAAACAUGACAGAAACAACCUCAAUUUCUGCUUAUCCACCAAUAACAGUCAUGCCGAGCAUCCUGCCGCAGACACAUCGACCUCGCCUCUCUCUGCAUCGACUGCUGCUCCAAACAAUCUCCGAGCCGAUCAGCAACAGAACCAAGACCACGACCCGGACCAGCACCAAGACCGGACCGGCCGUCGAGUAGCCAUGCCGGAAUCUAGCAAAAGUCACGUGAUCUUGCUGUCCUGCGGCAGCUUCAACCCCAUCACCAAGGGACACAUCCAUAUGUUUGAGAAAGCAAGAGACUACCUGCACAAAACAGGACGUUUUAUCGUGAUCGGAGGGAUCAUUUCGCCAGUGCACGAUUCCUAUGGGAAACCUGGUCUGGUGUCCAGCAGGCAUCGUCUGACAAUGUGUCAGCUGGCUGUGCAGUCCUCCGAUUGGAUCAGGGUGGACCCCUGGGAGUGUUACCAAGACACCUGGCAGACCACCUGUAGCGUGUUGGAGCACCACCGUGACCUCAUGAAGAGGGUGACCGGCUGUAUCUUGUCCAAUGUCAACACACCGUCAUCCACUCCUGUCAUUGGUCAGCCACAAAACCAGGCUCCGCCUGUUUACCUGAACCACAAUAACAUGAAGCACAUGCCUACUUCCGUUAAACUUUGGGGGAAGCUGAGCGAGAAUCUGGGGAAGGUUUGCUGCGUGCGUCCUCACAUGGAACGUUUCACCUUCAUUGAUGAAAACGCCAACUUGGGGCCCGCCAUGACGUACGAGGAGAUCGAGUUGCGUAUCUUGCUCCUGUGUGGCAGUGAUCUCCUGGAAUCUUUCUGCAUCCCUGGCCUGUGGAAGGACAGUGAUAUGGAGGUUAUCGUGGGCGAUUUUGGGAUGGUGGUUGUUCCUCGUGACGGCACCGACACAGAGAGGAUCAUGAACCAUUCGGCCGUACUCCGCAAGCACAAGGACAACAUCAUAGUGGUGAAGGAUGCCACCAACCAUCCCAUGGCUGUCGUAAGCUCCACCAAGAGCAGACUGGCCCUGCAGCACGGUGACGGCCAUGUUGUGGACUACCUGAACCAGCCGGUCAUUGACUACAUCCUGCAGACUCAGCUGUACAUCAAGGCCUCGGGAUAAAGAACCAUCAACCUUUGGGUCAUGUGACUCUGCCAUCAGGGUGGGGGGUGGUCACGUCACUUCCUGUUUUUCAUCAAGUCAGUGGAUGCAUGCAACACGCUCGCCAACGUGACAGCAGUCCAGUGUCCUCAUCCCACGUUUAUGUUGACGUACAUUAGCUUGUUAGCCACAUGGCUAACGCAAUGCUAGCAGUUGUUCAGGUGAUGCACAAAAGCCCCCCCCAGUGGACCAGUUGAGUCCAUAAAAAGUGGAACAUGAAUAUUUUGACCGAUAAACACUUAACCGUGGUUAUUUUUCACAUUUUCAAAAUAAAAGCGCAAUAGUGUUUGUUGUCAGUGGUGUGCAUGCUCAGACAAUUUUUUUGCUUUUGGUUCUGCUUCUGGCAUGAAUCUUUGUAGAUGACACUUGCAACAAUAAAAUACAACACUGACUAUGUGUGUUCCAGUCAACAUUCUAC